AUGGCGAGGACUCACUCCGAGUCCUCUGAGGACUUCGAGUUCAUUGAGACUCCUGCUGCCCCGACUCAGUCUCCACCCUCAGAAAGCAGUGGUGUGCGAACCACAUCGUAUCCCUCCAUCAAAAAUGGCCCCUUACCCGCUGACGGUGCUGGGAGUGAUAGUUUCUCCAACGCGCUCCUGAUCUCUCUCCUGGUGCUGGUGCCAGCCUACCUUGCCCGCCAACUGGGUGGAGGCCUGUACACCACCAUCUUGCUGUCCCUUUUUACCUCGAUUCCUAUCCUGAUGGUCUUCUGGUCCGUCUCCUCGUCCAUCUCGCCCCGCAAGAACGAGAAGGUCAAAUACCCCGGCCGCCCCGUUGAGCAUUACCUCCAUUUUCACAACGAGCAUGACCGCGCCCGAUACCAUGGUAAGAGCAAGAUUCCCAUGGAGACCUUCCAUGAUUUAUACUUCGAUGGCGCUGUGGAUUUCAAGGGGGAUUGCCUGGAUGUCAUGGAGUAUCGACAUGAUUGGGCUGCAUUUAGAUUUACCAUGAGCUUGUAUAAGUUCUUUUUGACUGGCAUGAUUCCGGAGGUUAUUAUGCAUACUCGUAGUCAAGAUGAGGAACAGGUCCGUGACCAUUACGAUCGCGGUGAUGACUUCUACUCAUGGUUUCUGGGCCCUCGCAUGAUCUAUACCUCCGGCAUCAUCAGUGAUAUCAACAGGGAAGAAACUCUCGAGGAACUCCAGGACAACAAGCUGGCCGUUGUAUGUGAGAAAAUCCAGGUGAAACCAGGUGACAGGAUGCUGGACCUCGGAUGCGGCUGGGGAACUCUCGCCAAAUACGCCAGUGUUCACUAUGGCGCCCAAGUUACCGGCAUCACUCUUGGCCGCAACCAGACUACAUGGGGCAACAACAUCCUCCGCAAGGCGGGCAUCGACGAAUCCCAAAGCCGCAUCGUCUGCUCCGAUUACCGUGACACACCAGUCGUGCCCGGGGGGUACAACCAGAUCACCUGCCUUGAGAUGGCCGAGCACGUCGGCGUCCGCCACCUGUCCAGUUUCUUCUCACAGGUCUGUGACAUGCUCAAUGACAACGGUGUCUUCUUCCUGCAAAUUGCUGGACUGCGCAAGUCGUGGCAAUACGAGGAUCUGAUCUGGGGCUUGUUCAUGAACAAAUACAUCUUUCCUGGUGCUGACGCUAGUACACCACUUGGCUUCGUUAUUGACAGACUGGAGGGCGCCGGCUUUGAGAUCAAGAGCGUCGAUACUGUUGGCGUGCACUAUUCCGCGACUCUGUGGAGAUGGUACCGGAACUGGGUUGCCAAUAAGGACAAGGUCGAGGCGAAGUAUGGCAAGAGAUGGUAUAGAAUUUGGGAAUAUUUUCUUGCCUACUCGACCAUCAUCUCGCGCCAGGGCAGUGCGGCCUGCUGGCAAAUCACCUGUGUGAAGAACAUCAACUCCACUCACCGCGUCGAGGGCAUCCCAUCUCAGUUCGGCCUGUCUGGUGCCCGCCAGGCCAGCAUUAAAGCUAUAGGCAAUGGUUCCGUCCCAUCUGCGUAUCUGUCUUCUAAGGCAUGA